AACGCGCGCGUCCCUUAAACUUGGAGCAAUCGGGGAGAGCCAUUUCUGCGAGGACACGCCGGCCGGUCUCCAUCGUCGUCGGUUUCUGCGAUCGAGCUGCUGACGGACAGCCACCGGAAGCGCGUCAGAUUCGCGCAACAGCGCCGCGUUUGAGUUGUCAGAGAGACAGACGGAUAAAAGUAGAGAAAGAGAGGGAGUGAGAAAAAGAGAAAGAGACCGUACACACAGUCGUCGCCUAUCCGCGGAUCGAGCGACUCGCAGUCGGCCAGUUGAGGCGCGAGGAAGCCAGCAGCGGAAAACAAAAGAAGGUGCCAAGCCCGAUCGAGGACCGAUCUCGUCGCAGAAGUCGUCCAAGGACCCCGUGCUCUCUCUCUCACCCCGUGCAUUUUGCCUCUCGCGUGUGCAGCCCGUGACCCACACGCGAUCCGCGAUCUGGUCCACGUUCGUGUCCGGGAUUCAGCACAUAUAUUCAACAGUUAUCUCUCGUCCGCGUCUCGUCCCAGUAAUAAGGAUAUACUACCAUCGGAUCGGACGCCUGCAGCUCCUCUAACCCGCGUGAUUGCUCCGUUAUCGCCGCGGUGACGCCGUAUACUCCGUUUUCCUUCCAUUCAAUCAUCGUCCCUGUGAUCCCCGUCGUCGCGAUCCCCGUCGUCGUGUCGUGCCGUGUCCGCGUUCAAACCACUGAACUCAACUCCCGCCGGGUCCACGUAGACCCCGAGUCUACGACGAGGUCAGUACUCGGGGAAUCGGGUACGCGAGUCCGCGCGCACGCGCACCGUUGCGAAUUCGUCGCACACCGUUUUCGUUGAACCUGAUACACGUGACCGAGCCGCGUACUCGGUGGAAGCCGGCAUCAUAGCGUCGAGAAGCGAGCAGCCAGCCACCAUGUCAAAGCUCUAUGUGGGCAAUCUGCCGUCAGAUUGCAACGAGAGCGCUCUCAGGCAACUCUUCCAGGAGCACAGCUUGGCAUGCACCACGAUCCUGGUAAAGCGUGGCGGCUACGCCUUCGUCGACUGUGCCGAUCAGUCCCCAGCCGAUCGGGCAAUCGACAAGCUGAACGGAUAUACCUAUCUCGGAUCCUCGCUCGUUGUAGAACCGUCCGUAGCCAGCGCAGCAAAAAAACGGGGUAGCGGCACCGCCCUACCAGAAUCUCCGGUCGGCCAGGUCGGCAACAGAUGGAGUAGCAGCGGGGUUGCUAAAGUCCUCGUAAGCAAUCUACCGGCUCAAAUACGAAUAGAAGAUCUGGACCUGCUGUUCUCCAACUACGGCCAGAUCCAAAACAUCGAAAAAGUGCCGUCGCGGGAUCCAAAUACACAAAGCGUGCUCAUUAGCUAUGAGACGCAAGAGCAAGUACAACAGGCUGUGAACCAGUUAAAUGGCUACGAGUUCGAGGGCAAUCCGCUGAAAGUGGAGAUGUCCUCGGCGGAGAGCCGACGUAGAGGCCGCAGCCAACGCAGCGGCGGCGUAGCCUUCGCCGGACUGCCGGGUUCCGGUCGCCAGACGGAUUUCCCGCUGCGUAUCCUCGUCCAAUCCGACAUGGUGGGCGCGAUAAUCGGCCGACAAGGUUCCACCAUACGGCAGAUCACGCAGAUGACGCGCGCCCGGGUCGAUGUGCAUCGUAAGGACAACGUUGGCUCUCUGGAGAAAGCUAUCACCAUCUACGGCAAUCCCGAGAACUGCACCAAUGCUUGCAAGAAGAUCCUGGAAGUCAUGCAACAGGAGGCCAACAACACGAACAAGGGUGAGAUCACUCUGAAGAUCCUCGCGCACAACAAUCUCAUCGGUCGAAUCAUCGGUAAGGGCGGUAACACGAUCAAAAGAAUUAUGCAGGACACCGAUACGAAGAUCACUGUUAGCAGUAUCAACGACAUCAAUAGCUUCAAUCUCGAACGCAUCAUCACGGUUAAGGGAUCGAUCGACAACAUGAGCAAAGCCGAGUCCAUGAUCUCUAGCAAACUCCGUCAAAGCUACGAAAACGAUCUGCAAGCUAUGGCUCCCCAAAGCAUGAUGUUCCCCGGCCUGCACCCGAUGGCCAUGAUGUCCACCGCCGGCAUGGGCUACAGCUCCCGUGGUCCCGGCCUCUAUGGUUCUGGACCCGCCCCAUAUCCCUACCAGAGCAGCCUGCCUACUCAACAGGGCGUCCCCGCCAGCGAUACCCAGGAGACGACUUUCCUCUACAUUCCCAACAACAGUGUCGGCGCCAUCAUCGGCACCAAAGGCUCCCAUAUCCGUAACAUAAUCAGGUUCUCCGGCGCGAGCGUAAAGAUCGCUCCUCUUGAACAAGAUAAGCCGGCUGAGCAACAGACUGAGAGGAAGGUCACCAUCGUCGGCUCUCCGGAAUCUCAGUGGAAGGCCCAGUAUUUGAUCUUUGAGAAGAUGCGGGAAGAGGGAUACGUCGCCGGUACCGAAGAUGUUAGACUGACCAUCGAGAUCCUCGUACCCAGUACUCAGGUCGGCCGAAUCAUUGGCAAAGGUGGUCAAAACGUGAGGGAAUUACAGCGCGUAACUGGUAGCGUUAUUAAAUUGUCAGAGCAGCAAGCGACUCCUCCUUCAGCAGAAGAGGAAACAACUGUCCAUAUAAUCGGUCCCUUCUUCUCCGUUCAGUCGGCACAGAGAAGAAUCCGCGCGAUGGUAUUGCAAUCGGGUGCACCCGGUGGAACCGGUGGUGUUGCACGCGCCGGUCGCGGUAGCAGCCAAGAGGGUACCUCCCGUUCUAAAAGAGAU